CUCAUGCCGUGAAAAUUAAUAAUUGUUAAAAUCAGCUCCGAAGUGAUAGCAUCAAGCGUUGAAAUUUUGUGAUAAUAAAGAAAAAACCGGCGUCCCAUUCCAGUAUCGCUUCCAGUACACCACGGAUGGACCGGCGCAGGCUUGCAUUUACCGCAAACUAGUUACAAUCGCAAUUCAAUUUCGCCACUGACGCCGCUAUUAAGAGCUCCGUGCGCUAGCUUCAAUUUUGUCGUAAGCCAAUCAAAAAAAAAAAAUCAACUGAAAAUGUUCGUGUCGACAGUCUCUCGCAUUGCCCCCGUUGCCAGGAGCGCCCUCCUCGCCAACUCCAAGCAGUACUUGCGACCAUUGAGCAGCGCCGUCAUCAGCCAGAGCCAGACCUUGGCCGCUCAGAACACAACCCCAGUUGCAUUACUGCCACAAAUCAGGUCAUUCCAGACCUCGCCCGUCACCCGUGACAUUGAUUCGGCUGCCAAAUUCAUUGGUGCUGGUGCUGCAACAGUCGGUGUCGCUGGAUCCGGUGCUGGUAUCGGAACAGUAUUCGGUUCCCUCAUCAUUGGUUAUGCCAGGAACCCAUCCUUGAAACAGCAGCUGUUCUCCUACGCCAUUCUGGGCUUUGCCCUGUCUGAGGCCAUGGGUCUGUUCUGUCUUAUGAUGGCUUUCCUGCUGCUCUUCGCCUUCUAAGCGCGCAUCGAACGAAUGCUCGUCCUUGUUUCCUGCAAUCGUACGUGUGUGUGUGUGUGCGCUCGGCUGAGGGCAGACGCGGGCAUCCGAGCGGCGGCAGAGGGGAAGUAACCAACAACCAACCAACCAACAACAACACCAUCGUUCGUUUUUCGAUUAUUAAUGAUAAAAAUGAUUGAUUGAUUGAUUGAUAGCAACAAGAACAUCCUGUACAACUAUCUAAUUAUAAAAUAACAACCACAACCACAUAAUAUA